CAAUCUUUUCUUUCUGCUCUUAGUAAUCUCUCAUACUAGUUAUCACACAAUAUUGUUUCAUGGGUCAUAUAACAGUUGAGAAAGUUAUGGUUUUGAUGGUUUCUGCUAUCCUGAUCAGUACUGUUGCGUCUUCAAUGGCAGCAGAAAUUCACAAGGUCGGAGAAAGCACCGGAUGGACAAACGUAGAAAUGCCUGAUUACAAAAAGUGGUCUUUUAGCAAAUCUUUCAAAAUUGGAGACUCCAUUCUUUUUGAGUACCAGCCAAGGUUUCAGAAUGUUUUCCAAGUGAAUCAUGACAACUUUCAGAAAUGCAACACUUCAACUCCCAUCAAGACUUUCACUUCAGGCAAAGACUUGAUUCUUCUCAAGGCCGAGGGAAACUUAUUCUUCAUAAGUGGAAUUACAAGUCAGUGUGAAAUGGGUCAAAAGGUUGAGAUAAUGGUUGGUCCAAAUCAUGUUUUGGCUGCAAAUCACUCGACCAUGACAUUAGAUGAAGAUGCGGUGCUUGUAAAUUGGACUGCUACUGUGGCCAACAAGACAUGCUACAAGUACAUUAAUGGCCAGUCUAUUUGCAAAAUUCAUACACAGGUACUCUCUUUCAACGAGACCGACGGCGUCACCAUCUGGGAAACCCCAUCUAAGUCAUCAAGCGGAAAACUUACAAAUUCCCUCUUCUUUCGUCUCGUUCAAGUUUGUUUAUGUGUUUGGGUUGCAGCCACCCACUUUCCAUAGAGUGGGUACUGUUGGUACUGGUUAUUGGUGAUGUUCAAUGAUGAUUGGCUAAUAAGUUUUGAGGUCCUCACUUGUGUAUGUUUUGAAGUACCUCAGGUAGUAAUUUAGAAUAUCCAUGUUCCGUUUCAUCCCUACAUGUCACGUGUAUAUGCCUAUACAUGAUAUAUGAUCGUUAAAUUCCGUGUAACUGAAACUGAAAUUGGGUAAUUCACAGAUUGCUACUAGUAAUUACAGAUCAUUUGAG